ACCAGUGUAAAAAAAAUGGCAGCCCCCAUGCGUCGUCAUCUGGAGACAGUUAAGUGAUUAUGACGGUGUAAUUAUCUUCAGUAUCCACAUUACAAUCACAAACUUAAGGGAGGCAGUAGAUUUCAGUAGAGGCUGUUGAUAACUGUUGUAAAACGUGAAUUUGAAGAGCGAAUUUCCGUUUAUUAAUUGAUAAUUGACAUGGCAAGUAAGCAGAAACAACGGACGAAGGGAAAUUUACGGCCAUCCAGCAGCGGCCGCGCUGCAGAGCUUCUGGCCAGAGAAGGUGGGACCAGUCCGGGGGCAUCUGGCUUCAUUGGCUUCGGCGCAAUGUCCGGGGACCUGGGCUACGUGCCUGCUGCCCAGUCGCUGAGUCUGGAGUCAGACCAGGACUCCUCGCUGGAGGCCGACUUCCGCAUGGCGCUGAGGAAGCUGACAAAGAGAGAUGUGGUUACCAAAUUAAAGGCCAUUCAGGAGUUUGGCGCCCUCUGCACCGAGAAGAAUGUGGAGGCAGUGAAAGGCACCCUUCCCCACUGGCCGAGGAUCUACAGUCGACUGGCAACCGACCACGACAAGCGCGUCAGGGAGGCCAUGCAGCAGGCCUUCGAGCAGCUGGUCCUGCGUGUCCGUCGCAGCUUGGCCCCCCAGCUUCGCCCCCUGAUGGGGACCUGGCUGCUGUCGCAGUGUGACACCUAUGCUCCGGCCGCGCUCUCGGCGAGGGCAGCCUUCCAGAGCACCUUCCCCGCGGCCAAGCAAGGGGAGGCGGUGGCCUUCUGCAAGAUGGAAGUGCUCAGGUAUCUUGAAGACAACCUCUUCAAAGAGACGGCAGCCUCACUGAGUGACCCCAGGUCCUACACCCCUGAGGAACAAGAGGAGAAAUAUCUUCGCAUUCUGACCUCCUCGCUGCUGGCCCUUGGUGAGUUUGUGACAGUGCUGCCGGAGAAGGAGAUUUCCUCCGUUCAGGACAUCCUCGCAUCCAUCUUGGCCGAGGGCAAGCUCUGGAAACUUGCCAAGAGCAAAUCACCACAGCUGCGGAGUGCCAUGUACUCUCUCCAGGGCAGCCUGAUCAAGAGUGUGCCCUCUAUUGCUGAGGCCCAGCUAGCCUGUAUAUCCACCACCCUGCUAGGGGGCCUUGAUGAAUCGGACCCCUUAGCUGUGCAAGCACUGUGGGAAUCAGUGCUCUUGCUUAUGUCUACGUUCCCUAAUUGCUGGGAGCAUGUGAACGUUCGCAAGGCCAUCCUCCCAAAGCUCUGGGCCAUGCUGAGAGCAGGAGGCAAUGGUAGCGCCACGGUCAUAUACCCUCAUCUGCUACCCUUGCUCAGUCACAUUCCGCCCGAUGUCAUGGGGUCAGGGAUAGGGUUCUAUCUGGAGUUCUUCGGCAAUAUCAAAGAAGGACUGACUUGCAGCUCAGCCAGGCAGAGCACCAGUGAAUAUGGAGCCAUCAUUAAGUCCUAUAUGGAAUGUCUGCGGUACUCAAUCUCUCAAACAGUUACCAGUGAUGGAGCAGAGGAUAUUCAGAGUCUUCAAGCCUACCUCAUUCAGGAAGAGUUGAUGCCUGUCCUCAGACAGUCAAUAACUGACGAUGACAGUCAGCUAGCGACCACCUCCCUCUAUCUCCAUACCUCGAAGCUAUUAUCCCACCUGUGCAAGCAGCUUGAGAAGGCUCCUGCCAGGGACGCUCUCCGAAUGUUCUGGACGAGUCUCAGCAGCAUAUGCUCAGAGCAGGUCGGCCCUGCAGAAAUUAGCCAAAAUGCCAGCAGAUCCCUGGAAAAGAUGGCAGUGCUUCUCACGCAACUCCAGUGUCCGGAUAAGUCGCUCACGGCCAAAAUGAUGAAGAAACGGAGCGUGUCGUUCUCUGAGGAUGGGCCCCCUGCUCCAGUCGAGACUGAGGUCAAAUCGUCAUUGCAGGCCGUCUUUCAGAGAUAUCCGGAGCUAAUCCGCCUCGUUCGCAAACUCGUGAGGAACAGCUGUGGGCUUGCUCGCACUGGUUCGCUGCCCCACCUGUCGCUUCUUGUCAAAUUGCUUGAUUCCUUUCAGCUGGCUGAGGUUUUCGAGGAGCUAUUAGGAGGAAACAGUGAAGAGGAAUAUGGUGAACCAAGAAGUGAAGAAGGGGUGCAGGAAUCAAAAACUUCAGAUGGGGGUUACUCAGAGACAGGCCAUGAAGACAGUGACUCAAAACUCCCAUGCUCCAAAGUCCAGUCUUCAGAUAUCGCCGACGAUGCUAAGGACUCCUCGAUUGUCAUUCAGAGGUGCUUCGAGGAGGUUCUCUUGCCGUGGGUGCAGUCAGAAGAAGAGAGGCAACAUGGGGAAGAGGAGGCACAGAGGCCUGCGAAGGAGGUCCUGCCUUAUGUGGUGAAUCUUGUGGCUGCUGGUUUCUGCUACUGUGACGACGAGCAAAAGAAAGCCAUCCUUGAUGAGUUCUGCCAACAGACCAGUAGACCACAGACGUUGUACCUCCUGAUAAAGAAGAUCUUAGACUCCUCUCACAGCGCCUGCGUCAGGGCAUGGCUCAAGUCGGCCGUGUUUGGAGAGAAGCUAUUGAAGCUCACUGACAUGCUGUGCUCCCAGGCACUUGAUGGGGAGGCAAACGGCUCAGCAUCGCAGAGCUGGGACUUGAUCAACUUGGGGCUGUCCAUGGAGGCCGAAGAAGAGCCCAGAGUUCACUCUGGCUAUGCCGACCAAAUCCUGUGCAAGUUCACUGACACUCUGCUGAGGUCAAAGGUCAGACUGGAAGGCAACGAGCAGGGAGUUGAUAACUGCAUCAGCUUCAUCUGCGAUGUGGCCGCCAACUUCUUCAGUGCAGUCAAGGGAUGUCUUUUGAUUUCCUCUGCUGAAGACCUGCUCCUGGCCCUGUUCCAACUGAGCUGUAAAGAGGCGACAAACUUUCCAGAACCUGUUCAGAAGAAAAUCUUAUCAGCGUGGACUAAUGGGGCAGAGUCGCUCAUCCGGCAAACAGGGGGGUUCCUGAAGGAGGAGGGGUUCCUCUGCAGGGCGGCCGGCUGGAUUAAAUUGUGCCUCAAGCAAGGCCCGCACAGCCUACUCAGCAUUGAGUUACUAGCCAAGCCAGCGAUGACCUUGAGUGGCCUUGUAUCGUCCAGCCUACCACUGAGUGAGGACCAUGAUGCUCUGAGUACAGCAGAGAGUUUUGCCGCACUGUUGAUGCCAUCGGAGACUGAGUGGGACAAGAACCUGGCUAUGUCCAAUCAGUGGAUGGUGUCAUCCUUUCUAGAUGAAACCUUGACCUUUACUGAACUUCCAGAGAUGACCCCCACUGACCCUGUCACCAUGCCAACAGGGCUUGUCCACUCUGUGUAUGUUGCUACGCUCCUCAGGCCGUCCGAAAUAUCAACCAGUCCUGAGGUCGACAGCGAGUCCGUGCUGGAAGCAGAAGAGCUUGCUGAGCAAGACAAGGAUGAGUUAGACAGAUGCGUCACUUCGGCCCAGUUACCAUGGAGAUUUGAUGUUAUAGCGCAGGCACUGAAGGGACUGUUGUAUGCUCUGCAGUGGUGUAAAGGAACCAUGGGCCUUAAUGCAUUGACCAAUCAGAUUCCUCAGCAGAAUUUUGGCGUUGAAAUGCCAUCGUAUUGUGUUGAGGUUGCCACGGUCAUCAACACAACACUCGAAGGUGUCUGGAAGGGCCUGAGCAACGACGAUUGGAAGAGGCUGGUGGGGGACAUUCUUGACAUGUCCAUGAUAGCCGGUAACCUGUGGUCAUCAUCCUUGUCCUAUCUGCUGAGCUGCUACUCAAGGUACCAGGGAAAGCACAGGGAACUCAGCCUACUACAACUUGCUCAGGGCACAGACAGAUUUGCUGUCCUGUCUUUAUUGGCAAUCCACACCUUGGAAGCUAUCCUACCUCACCUGAGCCAGGCACAGAGGCUGGAGUUGUUAGAGAUCAACACAGCCAAGCUUUUAUCCUCAGAGAAAGAGAUGGUGGCUCAUGUUGAUGGUGGCCUGGGGAGCAUGUCGGUAGUCGCAGCCAUCGUCCGGCAGCCAGACGGCUUUGAUGUUGCCAGCCAUGCUGAGGUUGUGGCUAGCUGCAUCCAGCAACUCAUGAAAUGGAGGGAGGACUAUCUGGAAUUGUUUCUCUUUGGAAAAGACCUUCACGAAGUAUCAAUUUUAAACGACGUGUUCAUCAAUGUCAAGAUGAUGCAAUUAAUACGGCUAGUCAUAGAAAAGUUGCCCACAGCACUGAGUGAGCCAUCCUGGGACUUCAUGCUUUGCUCCGUUGUAGCUUGGAUCCAGACCUGCAGUCAGAGUAGCGACCAUGCCCUGUCCUCCACCCUCACCGCUGCAUUCUGCUGUACGGCCUUUGACCUCUUGACCUCAGCCGCAACCCUGCUGGGCAGUCCCGGUGGUCAUUCGUCCCUCCCUGCCAACCUAUGCACAGAGUGGGUGGAGUUUUACAGCGACGCGGCCUUCACGCUGGUGCUGCCUGCGUUUGUCAGGAUAGUCGAGGCUACUGAUUCUGACCAUCUGUCAGUCCUGAGACAUCACCUGCUCCAGUCAGCAUCGGACGCAGUCCGCCACCACCCAUCAGAACAACUCAGGAAACACACGUUUCCACCAAAGUCCUCGCUGUCUGUGGGAGCAGCAAAGCUAACCGAUAAUUUCAACACAUCCCAGGAUGCAGUUCAUAUCCUUUUGGACCGUUUGUGCCCUAUGCUUCUGAAGACAGAUCGAUCAGUCAAACUGGCAGCAUUCCAGCUCCUAGAAAAGGUUAUGGAUGGAGUUGCCAAAGCAGAUGAGGAACGUGUAAAAGAGGAGGCAAACAGUGACAAGGAUCAGAGGGAGGAGGAAUCAGCAAUAACACCUCCAGAACCUUUGAAGGAAAUCUUAGACUCCACGUCAGCCUACAUGGAAGCCAUCUUGACUGAUAUCCCAGUCGGAGAAUGCCUUACGAUGGACCCUACCAGCACAGGCUACCACCAGAGUCUGUCCAGCGUGCUGACUUACCUGUUAGUGUGGAGACUAUACCUGAGGAUGUUCAAAGCUGCUUCAGCAGAGGUCCGAGCCAAGUAUGCCAAUUACCUUCGUCAGACAGACGGUGUGGCCAGCCUGAUGGCAGACAUUUUCAGACUGAUGCCUGACCCCCCUUUGAUCAGUGGUCCUACCCCCAAGGGACCUGCACCCAGGAAUAUGUUCAACAUAGCUCCGCCAAUGAAAGCCAAAGGUAUCUCCCCAAGCCAGGAAGAGAUUCAGCAUCAGGCUUGCACCCUGUAUUACAGUAUCCUGGAGGACCUACCAGCCAUGGUGCGACAGUGGUGGACAAAUCAGGAUAAGAAGGUGGCUUCCAUUGUUGACAGGUUCACAACCAAAUAUGCCAGCCCCCUCCUCGCAGCCCAAGAGGUCGUAGGUGUACAGACUGCGCCGCAGACCUUUGAGAACAUGACGGUCAAGGCGCGCUCUGCCACGCGCGAGGUGGUGGCCACCUACACCAUGCAGGAUCUGACCAUGGACCUGACCGUUCGCAUUCCAGCCAACCACCCGCUAGGCAUCAUCGCCGUGGACAGCGAGAAAAAAGUUGGGGUGGGGACCACGCAAUGGCGAAACUGGACAUUACAACUGACCACAUUCCUACGCAACCAAAAUGGCAGCAUCAUGGACGGCCUGACGCUGUGGAAACGCAAUGUUGACAAGCGCUUUGAGGGGGUGGACGACUGCAUGAUCUGCUUCUCGGUCAUCCAUGGCUCCAACUGUUCCCUGCCCAAGCUGCAGUGCAAGACCUGCAAGAAACGGUACCACUCAGCCUGCCUGUACAAGUGGUUCAGCACCAGUAACCAGUCUACCUGUCCUAUGUGCCGAAGCCCCUUCUAAUUCCCUCAGUGGGGAUUGGGCCCGGCCUCUCACUCCUGCAGCACCACCUCCACUCCUCCGCAGACAGGAACCUUGUCACUGGCCGUGCUACUCAGCACAGUACUGUACCUUGCUGUGUGCAGCUAGGACACAGAAGAAAUACUCAUUCCAAGCAGAUUUCAUCUUUAUGUUCAUGAGAAGUACUGAAUGAUGACAAGAAAGUCAUAACCUAUUAUUAGUUAACCCCUUGACGACGGGAACUCCGAGCCGACACCAAGAAUUCCAGCCUCUCUUGGUAACGAAGGCCACCUG